AUGGACCCACCACCAGAUGCCUGCAUGAACAGGGUUUCCAGUGCUCCAGAGGAGUGUAGGCGGUACGGCAAGAGAGGGGCCGCUGCCCCUGGUCUCUGCCCUGCCGAGGCCCCACCUGCGAUCCCACCUCCAGGUCUGGCGUCCCCAGCAGGAGGACACGAAGGUGCUGGAGCGAGUGCGGAGGCGGUGACAAAGACGAUCCAAGGGCUGCUGCACGAAGGCUGCAGAGAGACUUUUCCCACAUUCUACUGUGAACUGAACCUAGGGCAGCGCAAGUGUAAGGCUAACAGAGGUUCCACGCUGGAGGAGCUCAGGCUCACGAGGCGCAAGUCUAAUCCACAGAGCUGCCAGUCUGGCCCAGCCUGUGGAGGCCCAAGCGAGUCCCGGCUCUCAGAGAUGUCAGAAACCCCUGGAACUGUGGAAUAUGAAAGUCUGUUCCUAGCACACCUGAACUUCAUCUGGAAGGGCUUCAUCAAUAUGCCUUCAGUGGCCAAGUUUGUCAUCAAGGCUUACCCGGUGUCUGGCUCCUUUGACUAUUUGACAGAGGAUUUACCUGACAGUAUCCAAGUAGGUGGCAGGAUCUCUCCUCACACUGUCUGGGAGUAUGUAGAGAAGAUCAAAGCUUCAGGGACCAAGGAGAUCUGUGUGGUUCGCUUCACCCCUGUGACCGAGGAGGAUCAGAUCUCCUACGCCUUGCUCUUCGCCUACUUCAGCAGCAGGAAGCGCUACGGCGUGGCUGCCAACAACAUGAAGCAGGUGAAAGAUUUGUACCUCAUCCCCCUGGGCUCCUCUGACAAAGUCCCACAUCACCUGGUGCCUUUUGAUGGGCCUGGGAUUGAAGUCCACCGACCCAACUUGUUGCUGGGGUUGAUCAUCCGCCAGAAGAUGAAGAGGCAGAUCCCUGCUGUGGCCACUGCUGCUGCUGGCUUUGUGGAUGAACCUGCUGAGAGCACCUUGAACUCCCUGCCACCAGAGAAGAAAAGCAAGCCAAGCAAACCUGAAGUCUCUCAUCAUGAGCUGGGCCUGGAGGAAGAGGAGGAAAACGAUUUCUUUAACUCCUUCACAACAGUGCUGCACAAGCAGAGGAACAAACCUCAGCAGGCCAGCACCGAGGAUGCUGCAGCAGUGACUGAGCCCCUGGUGGAAAGUACCAAGCACGAACCACCAAAGCCUCUCAGAUUUCUGCCUGGGGUCCUGGUUGGGUGGGAAAAUCAACCUUCGGCUCUGGAGCUGGCAAAUAAACCCCUGCCAGUGGAUGACAUUCUUCAAAGCCUCUUGGGCACCAUGGGGCAGGCUUUGGAGCCCAGCAAGGCAGAAGCAAGCUCCAGUGAAAACAUUCCCCUGCUGAACGAGCAGGCAGCCUCCAAAGAGGAGGAUGUGGACAUUGCUGAGGCAACUCCUGAGGGCAGUGAGGCAAAGGAUGCUUUGGAUGACCCCCCAGAACCCAGCAAUGCUACUGCAGCUGUGGAUGCAGCAGCUGGAGGGACCUCAAGUGCUUUGAGGAGCGCAGGACCCUUGCUGGGGUUGAGUCUUAAGGGGAAGCCUCCAGAUGUCUCCACGGAUGCAUUUUUAGCUCAUCUGUCUGCUGAGAACAAAGACACUGAAGAGGGUAAAGAAAAUGACCCAAAGAGGCAGCUGCCUGACAAGGACACUGCUGCCCAGGAAGUCAGAAGGACCACAAAUUCCAGCUUCUUCUCCUCCUCCAACACAGGGAAAAAACCCAAUGAGAACCCCCUUGCAGCAGGCUGCACCGAAGGUGCCAUUGCCACCACCUCUAAAGCCUCUCCCUUCAUUAACCUUAAGAGGGACCCACGGCAGGCAGCCGGCCGCAGCCAGCUGGCCACAGAGAGCAAGGAAGGGGAGGCCAGCAGGGGAGAGGAGCGCCAGGGGCCGCGGGGGGCUGAGCAGGCAGAGGCAGACUGCAAGCAGCCUGCUGCAGAAGUGGCCCUGAAGCCCUGCCAGGGAGACGCUCAGGGCGGCGAGGCGCAGCAGGGCCCUGCUGCAGCCCAGGCAGAGGCUGCAGCUGCAGAUGCCAAGCAGCCCCAGGAGGAUGCCCUGCUGCAGAGCAUGGAGGCAGUGGCUGCCUUCAGGAGAGGCCCAGCAGCAGCUGUAGCUUGCUCGGAAGUGGAGAAUCCUCCUCGCUUGGAAUUCCUCCCCCAGGGCCCCAGCCCUGUCCCAGGCAGCAGCUUCCCACCUGCCAGAGCCACCCAUCAGAGCUUCCAACACGCCAAGCCCACCCCAGCUGGGUUUCAGUUCCAGGCCCCUGCCCCCCCCAGCUUCCCCCCGCAGAGCAGCCCCAUGUUUACCUUCCCCCCUCACCUGCCACCGCUGCCGCUUCCUCCUCCUGCCUUUGGCUUUCCUCAGAGCCCCAUGCUGCCCUGGCCGCCGGUAGCUCAUCUGGCAGGGCAGCCCCCACCCUUCACAGGCCCUAUGGCCCCAGGGCUCCCACCCGGGAGCUCUGCUCACAAGCAGGCCAGGUUCCCAGGCCCGGAGAGUUUCUUUGGCAGCAAAGAGGGUAGGAGGCCGGAGAGGCGGCACAGCGACCCGUGGGGCAGGCAGGAGCAGCCCCAGCACCUGGAGAGGGCCUUCAGCAGGGGCAAGAGUGAGCAGCACAGGCAGAGGUUCUACAGUGAGUCUCAGCAGAAGAAGGAGAGGCAUGAGAAGGAGUGGAGCUGGGAGCAGGAGGCUGAGAGGAACAGGCGCAGGGACAGGACCCAGGAGAGGGAGAGGAAGGGCAGAGAGGAAGGGCAGCGAGACAAGGAGCGAGUGCGGUCCCCGCACACUGCCGAAGGGAAGAGCCCCAGAGAGACUAAGAACCCUGAAAAAAAGGGGGAGAAGCCCAAACCCGAGGAGGACAAAGAGAAGGAGAAGAGCAAAGAGAAGCAUAGGGAGAGGGAGAGUGAGAAGAGCAGAGACAGACACAGGGACCACAGCGACCGAAGCAAAAGCAAGAGGUGAAAGGCUGCAGUCAGACAAAUCCCAUGUCGAGAACCUUUCCCAGGUAGGGCCUCAAUCUUUGUCUAAAAGAGAGGAGAAAAGAAGAACACAACCCCCAAAAGCCUGCUAGGAUCGUGCCAUUUUUUUAAUCCAUUCUGGGCGUUCUGCAGACCUCGGUCUGCGGCCUCGGUACCACCCAAGGUGCAAAGCCUCAGGUCCUUUGCUCACAAGACCGACUACAAGUAGGGACUGGAACGCUUUUAACGACUUCUCCGUUGCUCUACGGUUCCAAAUUUUCACUGCUUCUGAAGCUUGGGAGAUUUGGGGUUGUUUCUUUGGUCCUAGCUGAGGCUUUCCUCGAAUCCUGGAAAUUUUAGUUGCUGCCUUUUGUGCUC